ACUAUAUUUUUUUUUGUCAUGACCUAAAUUAGACAUGAUGGCUAAUCUCUACUGCAUACUCAUACUUGGCUAUUCUGUGUAUGUAAACUGAGAAUAGAUACUGUAUAAGUCUAGUCUGAUUGGACUACAGUACGAGAUGCUGUAUACGCCAGAACCUGGGGAGCUCUACCUGAACUGUACUCUUCAACUACACAUACUUACGUCCAUGAAAUUACAGCUCUGAGCUGUUGUGUUAGGCGGGUAUUGCUAUAGACCAUACCCUCCCGAUGCUGGAGAAGACGGCCGCCAGUUUGGAACCAUGCGGUUUCCAUCGAGUAGUUCCCGGCGCCACCCAGUCCUUUCGGACUUCGAGGCAGCUUCGAAACGCCUUCUGGCAGCACGGAGCUGCUGACAUAGAGCUUACUGCCGCCUGGCAAGCUUUGAUGCAUGGUACUUUUAAUCUUACCAUGAGCUCUGUGUCCGAAGAGAACAAUAAUUCAGUCCUAAGCGCUUCAGCCUUUCUUCUCGAUUUCCUAUAUCCAAGCAGCGCCAUGAAUCUGAUGCGCCGCCUAAUUCCAGUCGCACCAGUCUCUAGUCGUCCUGAUAGCUUCCGUUAUGGGUAUCGUUUUGGGAAAAUUAUGCCUCGCCUAUAUACAUCGUCGCUUUCCAAGCGCCAGAUUCGCAAUUCCGGCUCUGAAGCCACCGCUGACCCGAAAGAAAACGAACCUGAUAGCAGCGUAUCGGCUAACCCAGAUGACGUCACCCACAAAGACAAUGAGCCGACAGAACCGGGUAGAAUUCAGGGUGUAGCUACCGAGGAUAAGGAUGAAGAGAGUAACGCCCAAGUUGAUGAGAGACAAACACAGUCUGAUGUCCUCGCGGAAGGUCUUAACCAUUUCGAUAUGGGCGGCGACCAUAUUACGAUUCUCGAGGAUUUGCUGAAGAAGAGCGAAUUUGAAGAUGCCGAUCGUGUUUGGUAUAACUAUAAGGCCUUAGAUGAGCCAUCGCAAGCUAUUUACAUACGACAAGUGCUACUUUUUCUCUCGAAAAGUGAUCGACUAUCCGCCUCGUGGAAAGUUUCGGAGCUAUUCCACCAAAUACCUCUAUCCCAAUGGACCAACCAGAUCUUUGUCGCGGGUGUUACGGCCGAAAUUAGCCUACAGAACGCCAAUCGAGCGCUUGAAAUAUUUACUAAAGGGCUGGAGCAUAGUGCUCUCGAUCUCCCCCCCCUAAUCGAUUCCCUCGAUUUGCUACUCGCUACCGCGUUACGGUCCUCGGGGUUGGAGCUAUUGAAGGAUUUAUGGAGACUGUACCCCAAGAUGACAACACGAUGGGACUUUGAAGACAUUUCGUCGCACUUAAAGAAUGUAGCUCCUUCUGGCCACCUUGCCGUAUUAACGGAUAUACAAAAGUACUACCCUGACAUGACAGGGAGGUGGAAUUUUGAGGGUAUAACGUCACAAUUAAAACAUGUUGCUCUCGUGCCUGGCCUUGCUGAAAAAGCCUUCGACUUCGCGGCCACUGGUCGGCAAUUACUUCGAGAACUUGACAGCGCCGAGUUUAGUCGGGAGGCACUAGACUCACUUCAGAGGAUUCUAGUCCGUAGGGCUCUUUUGUCGUGUACUGAUGCUCAAGUUAUCCCUCUACUCAGCAUAACAAAAGACCCUCUAGCUUUCGAGGAAUUUCUACGAACGGUAGUCUAUAGAGGCAAGGAACAGCUCGGCAUCGAGGUAUAUCGUAUCUAUCGCGAUUCACCUGGGAGCAUGCCGAGCCACCCCGUUCUUCACGAAAUAUUCAAGGCCUAUAAUAACCUGGUCGUGCCAACAUCAGUGAAGUACGCUGGGAUAGAAAUGCUAUGGGGCGAUUGGCAUAAGUUUCAUACCGUCCCUUCUUACAGGGCAUUUCAGAGAUACUUGACUUUCUAUGCGUCUCGAGGAGACACAGAACACGUCUACACGAUGUGGCGUAAGUUUGUUCAUGUAUACCGCGACGACCCUAAACUUCCUGUCCUUCAAUCCGACGAUAUAUUUGCACACCUCAUGCAGGUGCAUGCCGUCCGCGGUGAAGUUCUUGAAACGCAGCAAAUCUUUGAUGAUAUCUCGGGGUCAUUCCAUUUAGAACAUACUACACACCACUGGAACAUCCUUCUUAACGCUUAUGUUAAGGCAGGUGAUUAUGAUGGAGCGAUAUCUACCUUCGAAAACCUAGUGGCAGCGGGGAAAUGGGACCGUUUUAGCUUUGGGACGAUGAUGCAAAUGGCGGGUGAUAGAGGCGAUCUAGGUUUCACAAUUGACUUAUACCGACAAUUGUUGAGUUUGGGCGGGAAAGCGGACGCGGCCAUUCUUAGUGCUAUCGUCGACGCGUACUGCCGGAAUGACCACAUGCAGUCCGCUGAGGACGUAUGUGUUCGUGCCGCGAGUAAAGGGAUUGUCGAUACCCAGAUGUGGAACAAGCUCAUUUACUACCAUGCCAUUCGCCGAGAUCUUGCUGCCAUCAACAGACUUCUUACUCUUAUGGCCGACAAGGAAAUCCCUUACAAUUAUCACACCUACCAGCAGUUACUUAUAGGUCUCGCCAUAUGUCGACAAUCUCUUCAUGCUUUAAAUCUCCUGAGUGCGGCCUUAAGGGAUAAUAUUUUCACGGUUACCGCCGAGCACUUUCAUAUUGUCAUGGGUGCCCUACUCGUGACGGGGGAGCCUGGGGCGGUUCUGCGGCUCGACAAGAUGAUGCAGGACUAUGGAUUUCCCAGCUCAUCUGAGAGCCUGUUCUUAUUAACACAAACGAUUGGCCAAUUUAGGAGUCUACCACCGUGGCAACGAGCCCGUUUAACUCCAAAGGAGUGGCUUGGCGAAGCGUUUCGUUCAUUUUACAGAAUAUACGGUUUACGCCGCCGAAAGAAAUUAGACAAACUAACAUCUGGGCGUCUACACAGCAAGGCAGGCGAGCUGUUGCAGCAGAAUACCGAGAAGUCCCAUUUUAGUACUAUGGUUUCCAUGCUAACCGAGCUCAAAGACUUCGCUGGGGCUCGGGAGCUUGUCGACCUUUACCGUUACAUUUUCCAAGGAGAAGCGGAGGAAGACAUAGACGGAGUUUUGCCUGUGGUGAUGCUCAAUUCUCUCAUGCGUGCGGAUUUCCAAGAAGCGCAUUACGAUCGUGUUAUAACGACAUGGGAGCUGCUCUUCGAAACUGCAAAGCAGGAAGCACGGUCAGCCGAUUACGUCGAAGAUCUUCCUCACACGCCAAAGGUCUCGGCCAAAUAUCGAUAUAUACUAUCAAGUGGUCUCAUGAUUAUGCAGAAGCUAUACUUCGAAAGAGGAGAUGCCGCCAGCAUCCGGAGCAUGGUCCGAGAAGUUCGUGAGGCAGGGUUUGAGCUAGACAGCCAAAAUUGGAACUACUAUAUACAAGCACUUGUUCAGUUAAAAGAGUACAAGGAAGCAUUCACCACCUGCGAAGAGAUUCUAAUGCCAAACUGGACUGGAUGGUUUCUGGUACGCCAUAGAGAAAGCGUGAAAAACAAGCUACCCCUAGACCUCCGGCGAAAAGGAUCAAGCCCACGACAUCUUCGGCCCAUCGCUACGACGUUGUAUCACCUCACGCGAGGCUACAUGGAAUUAGACAGGCUCAGCCUUUGGUCUUCAGAAUUUGCUUCGACGCGCCAUGAGAUAGAUAAGGAGUGCAUACAGGUAAUCCGAGCUAUCACUUCGAUGGUACGGCUGCGUUCGCCCCAUGAGAAAAACAUCAUGGGCAAAGAGGACUCCUUCGAUAUUGAUUCUAUCGGGUCAGAUGUAGACGGGGAUGAUGCCUGGCCAGAAGUAGAUGAGUAAAGAACACCUCCUCAGGAUGGACAUACGUAGAUGUAUAGGUAUCCUGCUGUAUAUAUAUACAACUCAUGAAUCUGUGCAAUGACAAGACAUACCAUACUCGCUCUA